GGGGCGGCAGUGUGACUACCAAGGAUGGAAGUGUUGUAAGUUGUAAAGAGCGCAUCAAUCGGAUACGCGCGCUGCAGCCACCGUGUUUGGGAAGAAGCAUUCGGCGGUUGAAUUGAAGCAAACGAGAGUGCACAUGAAGAGACAUUGGCACAACAGGAAUCACCACGUCCCAGAUUUGGAUUCCCACGCGCGCUCCUUUUCUAACAGAAAAUUCCCCUUCACGCGCUUCAUGGCCUUCUUUCUCCUCUCUCUCUUCCUCUUCUCUCUCUUCUUCAUCCUUCCGCACCCUCCAUCGCUAACAACAACAACUUCGCUUCCACUCGAACGAACUCAACCAGGUUUGAAUGGUGAUGCCUCUGAUUCUGUUGAGCUGCAAAAAGAUAAACUACUUGGUGGCCUUCUAGCAGCUGGAUUCGAUGAACAAUCUUGUCUCAGCAGGUAUCAUUCGGUCAGCAAAGGACUAUCAGGAAACCCUUCUUCUUACCUUGUUUCUAAAUUGAGAAAAUAUGAAGCUCUUCACAAAGAAUGUGGACCCUAUACUGAAUCAUAUAAUAAAACGGUGAAAGAUCUCAGGUCUGGUCAUUUAAGUGAGUCCUCAGCAUGUAAAUAUGUAGUAUGGAUUUCAUAUAGUGGGUUAGGGAAUAGGAUAUUGACCUUGGCUUCUGCAUUUCUAUAUGCUCUCCUCACAAAUCGAGUUCUAUUGGUUGAUCCUGGAGUUGAUAUGAUGAAUCUGUUUUGUGAACCAUUUCCACAUGUUUCCUGGUUUCUCCCUCAAGAUUUCCCUCUUAAUAGUCAAUUUAACAAUUUUGAUCAGAAAUCUGAUCAAUGCUAUGGGAAAAUGCUGAAAAAUAAAUCAACUACAAACUCCAUGGUGCCGUCUUUUGUGUACCUUCAUCUAGCCCAUGACUAUGAUGAUCAGGAUAAGCUUUUCUUCUGUGAUGAAGACCAAGUUUUUCUCCAGAAAGUGCCUUGGUUAGUGGUGAAAACCGAUAAUUACUUUAUCCCAUCUCUGUUCUUGAUGCCAUCUUUUGAGCAGGAACUAAAUAAUCUCUUUCCAAACAAGGAAACAGUUUUCCAUUUCUUGGGUAGAUAUCUGUUCCACCCCACCAACAAAGUGUGGGGACUUGUUAUCCGAUACUAUAAAGCUUAUUUAGCUAAUGUUGAUGAAAGAAUAGGCAUCCAGAUAAGAGUGUUUGACACUGGAACUGGUCCAUUUCAACAUGUGUUGGAUCAGAUCAUCGCUUGUACUUUGAAAGAGAAUCUUUUGCCUGAUGUUGACAGGAAGGGGGAUAUUGUUAGUUCAUCUGGAAAACCAAAGUCAAAAGCAGUGUUGAUGACAUCCUUAAGCUCUGGUUAUUUUGAAAAAGUGAGAGACAUGUAUUGGGAAUAUCCUACUGUGACAGGAGAAGUGGUUGGCAUUUACCAGCCAAGCCAUGAAGAAUAUCAACAAACAGAGAAGCAGAUGCACAACCAAAAAGCUUGGGCAGAAAUGUACCUUUUAAGCUUAAGUGAUGUGUUGGUUACUAGCUCGUGGUCUACUUUCGGCUAUGUGGCGCAGGGGCUUGGAGGUUUGAAACCUUGGAUACUAUACAAACCUGAGAAUGGAACAGCUCCUAAUCCUGCGUGUCAACGUGCCAUGUCAAUGGAGCCGUGCUUCCAUGCUCCUCCCUUGUAUGAUUGUAAGGCCAAGAGAGGAGCUGACACUGGUGCACUUGUUCCACAUGUGAGGCACUGUGAGGAUAUGAGUUGGGGUCUUAAGCUUGUAGAAAAUCGUAGUUAGGUAAUAGCUAGCUAUGGUCAUGAAUGCUUCCAUGACUGUCAAAACUCGCUUACAAGUUUUGUUGUACGAUAGAAUUGUUUAUUGAUUUUAUAUUUAUUUGUUUCCUAUAGAAACCAUAAAAUAGAACUUUCUCCCUGCAUCAAUGUUUUACGGUUAUUGAGUGCAUAAUCUAUUUAAGAUGCGUUUGGAAGAG